CCUGGUUUAACUAAGUGAGCAACACUUGAGAGAUGAUUAGGCACACUUCUUGACAGAGAUGUGACUUGUGUAUAUCAAGGAAGAUUUGCCUGUAUUGUCAAUAGUUUGAGGUUCUUUUGUAAUGGGACUAUUUAAAUGAUGUGACAAUGGGGAAACCUCUGUUAUUUUUACUGCUUUCUCUUCUUUUGCUGGAUGUGACAUUUCCAUCAAAAGGGAAUUGGGCCAGGACAUCCAAAAGGAACAACACUGCUGUGGCAAUUCCCAGAACAUUUAAAGGACAGACGGUCCAGUUAGAGACCAUCUCUCACCCUAAUGCCAGACAACAAGAAGCCUCCCAUUCUUCUCCCCUUGUCAACCCAUCUGCUUAUACCCCUCCAGCACUGCGGUUGUUAAGCAACAACACAGCAGCGUACCUUGCUGGACCCCUAAGCACGUGGGUCAUCCCCAGCUUUUAUAUGCUGACUGUUGCGCUGGGGAUCCCGGCCAAUGCUGCCAUUUUGUCCACCGUGGCUGCUAAAGUCAGGACAGUGUCUUCGGCCAUCCUCUACUGUAGCCUGGCGGUCUCUGACCUAUUUCUUCUCUUCUCCCUCAUUUUCAAGGCCCAUUACCAUCUCCGUGGCAACAACUGGGUGUUUGGCGAAACUGCCUGCCGCAUCGUAACAGCCUGUUUUUAUGGCAACCUCUACUGUUCAGCCCACACGCUAGCGUGCGUUAGCGUCAAGCGCUACCUGGCCGUGGUGCAUCCAUUCUUUUACAAGAGCCAUCCAAAGAGGGCAUGCACUGCCUGGGCCAGCCUGGCUGUGUGGGGGGUGUUUGGGGCAGCCGUUGUACCUGAGCUCCUGGUCUGGCAGAGCUACCACAUCCCCCAGCUAGGCCUCACCACCUGCCAUGAUGUUCUCCCACUGGACAACAGCUCCCAUGCCGGUUUGCUCUACUACAAGCUAGUCCUGACCUUCGUAGGUUUACUUGUUCCCCUGGUGGUCACUGCUGUGUGCUAUGUCCGGAUCAUACGACAACUCAACCACUCGCACCAGGACUGGGCGCUGUACAUCAAAGCUAGCUCACUGGUGUUUGUGAUCUUCGUGGUGUGUUUUGGACCUGCUGGGACUCUCCACUUCCUUCACUAUGUGCGUUUGUUGGCUGGUGGAGAGGAGAACUUCUACGGCUACUUCAAUUUGGCAGUGUGUCUGUGCUGUCUGCACGCCUGCUUGGAUCCAUUCCUCUUCGUCCUCAUGUCCAAGGCAGCUGAAUCCAAAUGUUACUUACUGACAUUCAAGGGAAAGUCAGCAAGCAUCUCCACCUGAAUGUGCAUAAUCCAAACGUUAGUCUGUAAACUUAAAGAUCCUGAUCAUCUCAUAAUGCAGUGGUGACUCAUCCAUUUUCAUUAAUGACACACAUUUUAAUUAUAAAUAGAAUUUUACAAAUAACUUAGUUUAGCAUCAUUUACAGCAUGAUGUUAAGGUACUACUUUGGAGCGUGGAAAAUAACUACCAGGUCUAUAUGUAUUGUUAAACCAAGGUCUCUAUACCAGGAACUCCACAGAUUACGUUUAUGGCAAAUUGUUACUGAAUAUAUACUUAUAGGCAGUGUGCUCAUUUGCAGAAUCCAAAGGGGAUCCUAAUGAACAGGACAUUUGUAUCCAAUAAACUUCUUGAGGACCAUGUUAGAAAAAAUCCUCACUCUGGGGCUGUACAAUCGGACACUGGAUAUUGAUAGGAAUUGGCACAUCAAAUCCAAUUACAGCACAAUUUUUCAGUACUUUUGAACUGUUGCAGAGAUGACAUUGCAAAACGGAAGCUUAAGAUAGCAGGAGCGCUACAGAGGACAGAGGAUUUUUGGGGUGUCUGGAGCAAUUAAAUCAAUUAUCAAGUUUUAAUACAUUCUAUUUCGUUUUUUGAGAAAUGUUUGUUACAGCAUCUUUUGGUGAGUUACUUGCAUUUGUUUCACUGCAAUCAUGACACAACAGCAACUAACCUUGUUUCUGAUAGCUAGGUGGUCAGUGGAUGAAGUACCUAGUCAUGUUUAAUAAUGAACUUGUCACAAGUUGUUGUCCUGUGUGUAAUAAUUGUUAGACAAAUACAGCUAGGCUAACCAGUUAGCUCUAUUGAUGUUAACUAUCAGAUUCCUACAUUAGGUGUCUACAAACGUUUGCCAGCUAUGAUCAUUUACAUUUACACAAAGUGCUUGUACAGAUCAAGGGACACAUCCCCCCCAAUAUUAAAAUAUGCACAACUGUUACAAAAGACUGCACACUGUCAUUGAUGCUAAAGGGGGCAUUACACAGUAUUAAGAACUGUAUGCAGACUUUUG